UUUCUCUUGUAUGAGUCAAUAAAGCUUGGAGCAUUGGGACACAUAGCCCUCUGGACCCUGCCAGCCAACCCCAAAAUGGAAUAUGGGAAAGUAGUCUUUCUCUUUCUUUUAUUUCUAAAAUCAGGACAAGGAGAUCUGUUAGAGAACUAUGUGAAAACAGAAGGAGCUUCGCUUUCUAGUUCCACCAAAAAGCAAUUUGAAGCAAAUAGCAUAGAAGAAUGUAAAGCAAAAUGUGAAGAGGAAACUGAAUUUGUCUGCAGGUCCUUUGAAUAUUACAACAAAGAACAGAAGUGUAUGAUCUUGGCUGAAAACAGCAAGACUUCCUUGAUUGUGAGGUGGAGAGAUGUGGUUUUAUUUGAAAAGAAAGAGUAUCUUUCAGAAUGCAAGACUAGAAACGGAAAAAACUAUAGAGGAACUUUGUCUACAACUAAAAGUGGUAUUACCUGCCAGAAAUGGAGUGAUACUAGGCCUCAUGUACCCAAUUAUUCACCAAGCAAAUAUCCAGAUGAAGGACUGGAGAAAAACUACUGCAGAAAUCCUGACAAUGAUGUUAAGGGACCUUGGUGCUACACCACAGAUCCAAAUACCAGAUAUGAAUAUUGCAAUGUUCCUGAAUGUGAAGAUGAAUGCAUGCACUGCAGUGGUGAAAACUACCAAGGUAUCAUUUCAACAACAGAAUCUGGAAUCCAGUGUCAGGCUUGGGACUCCCAAGAACCACAUUCUCACGAGUACCUUCCUUCCAAAUUUCCCAACAAGAAUCUGAAGAAGAAUUAUUGCCGUAAUCCAGAUGGAGAGCCUCGACCAUGGUGUUUUACCACAAAUCCAAAUAAGCGCUGGGAUUUCUGCAACAUCCCCCGCUGCUCUACACCUCCACCACCUUCUGGUCCAAUGCUUCAGUGCUUAAAGGGACGAGGCGAAAAUUACAGAGGCACCAUUGCCGUCACUAAGUCUGGGCUUACUUGUCAACACUGGAACAGCCAGACACCUCAUAAGCAUAACCGAACCCCAGACAACUUUCCCUGCAAGGGUUUGGAUGAAAACUAUUGCCGUAAUCCUGAUGGGGAGUUGGCACCCUGGUGCUACACCACCAGUGAAGAGCGGUGGGAAUUCUGCGACAUACCUUCCUGCAGCGCCUCCCCUCCACAGACAGAAACAGUGGUACCCACUGUGCAAAGCCCUGUGAUCCAAGAAUGCUACACAGGCAAUGGACAAAGUUACCGUGGGACAUCAUCCACCACAAUCUCAGGAAAGAAGUGCCAGCCCUGGUCUUCUAUGAUUCCACACCGACAUGAGAAGACUCCAGAUAAUUUCCCCAAUGCUGAUUUGAUACACAAUUACUGCAGAAAUCCAGAUGGAGAUAAAAGUCCUUGGUGUUAUACCAUGGAUCCCAGAGUCAGAUGGGAAUUCUGUAAUCUGGAGAAAUGUUCAGAAACAGAAGGAAAUCUCCCAGACUCCAUAACUACAAAACUUCCUGGUGUAGAUGUAACUUCCCCCACAGAAUCAGACUGUAUGUUUGGAAGUGGUAAAGAUUACCGGGGCAAAAGGUCAACCACUGUCACUGGCACCCCAUGCCAGGCCUGGGCUGCUCAGGAACCUCACUCACAUACUAGUUUUACUCCAGAGACAUAUCCAAAGGCAGACCUAGAAGGAAAUUACUGCCGAAAUCCUGAUGGUGACCUCAAUGGUCCUUGGUGCUAUACAACAAAUCCUAAAAAACUCUUUGACUACUGUGAUAUCCCCCAGUGUGUCUCACCAACUUCAUUUGGCUGCGGAAAACCCAGAGUAGAACCAGUGAAAUGCCCAGGAAGAAUUGUGGGUGGAUGUUUUGCUAAACCCCAUUCUUGGCCCUGGCAGAUCAGUCUUAGAACAAGGUUUGGUGGCCACUUUUGUGGAGGCACACUCAUAGCUCCACAAUGGGUGCUGACAGCUGCUCACUGCUUGGAACGCUCCAGCAGGCCUUCUUCAUAUAGAGUUUUCCUGGGACUACACAGGGAAAUUUCUCCAGAAUCAUAUUCGCAAGAAAUAGAAGUUGCUCAGCUGUUCAAGGGGUCCUUUGGGGCAGACAUUGCUUUGCUGAAACUGAGCAGACCUGCUGUUAUCAAUGAUAAAGUAAUCCCAGCAUGCUUACCUUCACAAGAUUUUAUGGUGCCCGAUAGAACACUCUGCCAUGUCACUGGUUGGGGUGAAACUCAAGACACUACUACAAAAGGUGUGCUCAAACAAGCCAGUCUCCCUGUGAUUGAAAACCGUGUGUGUAAUCGGUAUGAAUAUUUAAAUGGAAAAGUAAAAUCUACUGAACUUUGUGCUGGUCAUUUAAUUGGAGGUGUGGAUAGCUGCCAGGGUGAUAGUGGAGGACCUCUGAUUUGUUCUGAGAAUGACAAAUAUGUUUUACAAGGAGUCACUUCUUGGGGUCUUGGCUGUGCUCGGCCCAAUAAACCUGGUGUUUAUGUUCGAGUAUCAAAGUAUGUUUCUUGGAUUGAAGAAGUAAUGAGAAAUAAUUAAUUGGAGAGAAGAAAUUGUGAAGCAGUGACUUUAUGGUGAUCAGAACACAGGUAGAAGAUAUAAUUCAGAAAUAAUUCACAGUAAUUGAACUAAGACUGGAUGUUAUUAGCUGUGAAUGAUACCAUCUUGACAUUGUUGAUGAUUUAUUUUUGUGUGUACACCAGCUUUCCAUCUUAUUAACUGCUUGAUGCCAUAUUAAUAGAGACUCAGCUGUGACAUUUAUUAAAAAAAUAAAUUCUCUACUUUCUUUGGCUUGGA